CUCAACAGGCACCGGGAGAACAGAGCAGAGAGACGCUCUGGGCUUGAGGAGCAGCAAAGCAGCGUCACAUUCUAUGCCUCUCGAGGAGCUCAAUUUGUCACCUUACCAGAAGCUGACACGCCUCCCCUCCAGGGAGUCUCUGGGCUGCUGCUCGUCCCUCCGAGCAUAUAGAACAGAGUAUGGUGCUCCAACAUAGUGGACUUCAUCAAGACGUGCUCAAGAUCAUCUCCUGACUAAUGGCUUUAGUGGCUUCAAACCAUAAGGAUGAGGUCUGAAAGACUGGAACGUGUGAGGUAUCUAACACAGCUUUGGGGAACUUAACACUACUGCUCUGUCACGGUGCACUUGUAUGGAAAAUGUGCAGUUUAAAUGAUGUGCUGGAUACAAAACAGAUGGUGAGGCCGUGUGUGCAAGGUGUUAAAAUGCUCUGAGAUCGCAAUGUAUUUUUGAGUGACAAAAACUGUGAAGUGAUUUUAAUUGAGUGGUUUGAGCACUGAGUUUCAGAGUUCACUGCUUUCUUUUAAUUCUAUGAUCGAGAUCAAUAGUGGUUGAAAAGUGUGUGUGUAUGUGAGGCGCUGGGGCUGGUGGAGGCUGUUGCACUGGAUUUCCCAGAGAUGGAGGGACAUGGGUAUGGCCGGUUCGGCGAAGUAGAUAGGGAAAAUUACCAAAUUGACUACCGGAGGAUUGUAGGGGACAUGGAACCACCGUGGUCACGAAUUUCUAACAGAGACGGAGAACAACCCCAUCCUUACCCUCCUCAAACUCCACAUGGGCAUGGGCAUGAGACUGCAGCACAACGCUACAGUGCUACACGUAUCCAGGCUGGUUAUGAACCAGAGAGCAUUGCUGACUACUUGAUAAGUGGCGGCACAGGCUACGUUCCUGAAGAUGGACUAACUGCACAGCAGCUCUUUGCUAUUGGUGAUGGACUUACUUACAAUGACUUCCUCAUUCUCCCUGGUUUCAUAGAUUUUACUGCUGAUGAAGUGGAUCUAACUUCUGCAUUGACAAGGAAAAUCACCUUGAAAACUCCUCUUAUUUCAUCUCCCAUGGAUACAGUUACAGAAUCAUCCAUGGCCAUCGCCAUGGCAUUGAUGGGUGGAAUUGGAAUAAUUCAUCACAACUGUACUGCAGAAUUUCAGGCCAAUGAGGUGCGCAAAGUAAAGAAAUUUGAGCAGGGCUUUAUUACAGACCCUGUGGUAAUGAGUCCUCACCACACCGUAGGGGAUGUUUUUGAGGCCAAAAUACGCCAUGGCUUCUCCGGAAUCCCUGUUACAGAGACUGGCAAAAUGGGAAGCAAGCUGGUUGGGAUAGUCACCUCCAGAGAUAUUGAUUUUAUCUCUGAGAAGGACCAUGACAAACCCCUGGAGGAGGCAAUGACAAAACGGGAAGAUUUAGUUGUUGCACCAGCAGGAGUCACACUCAAAGAAGCUAAUGAUAUACUACAGCGUAGCAAAAAAGGUAAGCUCCCCAUCGUGAAUGACAGUGAUGAGCUGGUUGCGAUCAUUGCUAGAACUGAUCUGAAGAAGAACAGAGAUUAUCCUCUGGCUUCCAAGGACUCCCGCAAACAGUUACUGUGCGGCGCUGCCAUCGGCACCAGGGAGGAUGAUAAAUACAGACUGGAACUCCUCAUGCAGGCUGGUGUGGAUGUGGUCGUGCUGGAUUCCUCCCAAGGCAACUCAGUGUAUCAAAUCAAUAUGAUAAACUAUAUAAAGCAGAAGUGUCCUGACCUGCAGGUAGUUGGAGGGAAUGUGGUGACGGCUGCUCAGGCUAAAAACCUGAUAGAUGCUGGGGUGGAUGCCCUGAGGGUGGGCAUGGGGUGCGGCUCCAUCUGUAUCACCCAGGAAGUGAUGGCAUGUGGACGUCCCCAAGGUACAUCAGUGUACAAGGUUGCAGAGUAUGCCAGACGUUUUGGAGUACCAGUUAUAGCUGAUGGAGGCAUCCAGACUGUUGGGCAUGUGGUGAAAGCUCUGGCCCUUGGAGCAUCUACAGUGAUGAUGGGAUCCUUACUUGCCGCAACUACUGAAGCACCUGGAGAGUACUUUUUUUCAGAUGGUGUGCGCCUGAAGAAGUACCGGGGAAUGGGAUCCUUGGAUGCCAUGGAGAAAAACAACAGUCAGAAGCGUUACUUCAGUGAGGGUGAUAUGGUGAAGGUGGCUCAGGGUGUGUCAGGAUCAGUGCAAGAUAAAGGCUCCAUCCAUAAGUUUGCUCCUUACCUCAUCGCGGGAAUCCAGCAUGGCUGUCAGGACAUCGGAGCAAAAAGCUUGUCGAUUUUACGGUCUAUGAUGUAUUCAGGAGAGCUGAAGUUUGAAAAGAGAACCAUGUCUGCCCAGAUGGAGGGAGGCAUCCAUGGCCUCUAUUCAUAUUCUUUUGUGCCGUUUACGAGAAACGAUGUUACUGAGAUUGGAGGAGGGAGAGUGAAUACUCGAUCAGGCCCGAACGUCCCGGCGCCUGUAGCUACAAGCAAGUGCACUGGAAGAAUGUGAUCAAAUGACAAGAUACAACUGCUGCUGCUCUACGGGACAUUUACUCAACAAGAGCAAUCUGAGGU